AUGUCUUCUGCUGCCGCCUCCUGCGCCACCCGCCCUCUCUCUGGAGUGCGCGUUUUCUUGCACAUCCGCCGUAGCUCCGCUGACGAAGACGUAGGAUGGGGGAAUCUCAGUAGCAGUGGUAUCGACUGCGCCAAGAAGCGCAAGAGAGACAGUAACCGAGACUCUGCCAGGGAUGUACUGCGCACCGCACGUGCGCAUGCGCAGCAGCUGGGCGCCACGCUUGCCCUGAGUGAGGCCACCGCGGAUUUGGUUGUCUUCCACCGCGGCAGCGCGUCUUUCCUAGAGGCUGCGCACAUGAAAUUCAAGACAGUAGUUCGUCCAGACUACCUUGCUGCGUGCGUCGCUGCCGAAGAGCGAGUGAACAUAGCCCCCUACGUCGUCACGCCAACGGACAGCGCGACGGCAACCAUGUGCAUCACCCCAACGCGCAAGUCUGCUGGAAUCUCCUCCGCUGUCCCUUCAUCUCAUACCUCAGCCUCCUCACCUGGAAAUGGUCGUAGUGCAGCGUCCGCCGCUGACGACAUCCCUAACAGCACUGGUAGGAAUACGAGGAGUAGUAGGCCAGCUGGGCGAGGUGCAGCUGCCGCCCCCUCGUCUGCCUCCACCAGCUCCCCCUCGCGUGCAACGCAUAGUCCGCUGAAAUCCGAGGCCAAAACAGGCACACCAGCCGAAGGCUCUACAAGCCCCCCUCUGCUUUACCGCUUGCUUCUUUUCGAUGACAAUGAGGACGGCGGCAAGGGAGAUGGACAGCAGCGCGGGCCUGCAGCUCUUGCAAGGAUGCUGACGGCGUGUGAGGAAGGUGCAGUCGCAGCCACCGCUGCUUCUUCCUCAGCCCCUCAGGUCAUGCCCAGUACCACCACCAACAGCGGCACCACAAAGCUGUAUCAUCUCCUUGAUGACAUGCCUAACAACAAGGCAAAUGCCGUACCCUGCGCAGUUGGAAAGCCCCAACGCGACGGUGCAGGAGGUCAGCAAAGACUGGACAAUUCGCUCACAUUUCACAGCAGCAGCAACAGCAGUGCACUCACUCAGGAAAGAAUAAUUGCGACUCGUACGAAGCGAGGCACCCACCAGACUAGCACGGCGGCGGUAGGACUGGACGAGGUCGCUGCUCGGCAGUCUAGCACCGACACCGUCUCCACACCGCGGCUCACCCCGUCGUCUCGACACGAAGUCGGUAGUGGCGGAAGUCAAGGCGUGAGUGCUGUAAUGCUGCCCAGCAGAAGCCGCAGCAGCGGAAACGAGCGAAUUGCUACCGCAGUGGAAAGGCGGGAGGCAGAUAUGGAGGAAGAAGAAAUGAUUCGCCAUACGGUGCUGCGCUCGACGGCGACGGCUGCCGUGACUCAACGAAGGGAACGACCUCCCAAGCAGGCUGACUCGGCCCCCAAGCCGGCGAACACGGUAUCGUUGCUUGUGGGCAGUGUGGCCGGCGACCAAAACGCGAUGGCAAAGCGAGACCGAGACCCUUUCUUGAGCUCCGAAGGUAGCACGCAACAGCAGCUGCUGCCAUCAGUGGCGUCAACGCUGUCCCUGGGUGAGCUAAGUGAUGGGGAGAUGGCCAUCACUCAGCCGCUUGCCACCUCCCCCCUAAAAGCGUUCACGGCUGCCGCACAGCCGCAGACGCCAUCAGCAGUAUCCAGGGCACCGACCGGAGCGACUGCAAAGCGACUUCGCAACAGCAGCAGGGCAGACGGCCCUACGGAAGGGUCGGCGCAUCACACCCAUGCAACGCCUUCCGCCAAGGCGCAAGGUCUUCGCCAGAGACGAAUAAAGCAAGAAGAUGCGGUGGACGGUGCAGUUCAUGAAAAGGCGAGUAAGUCACGGAAACAAGGGCAGCCGCAACAACAACAGAAGCGCCAGCUUUGUGCGCGCCAACGUCGUCGUGUCUCAAACCGAGGUAGGGCUGAGGUUCCAUCCGACCUCGAGUGCACUCUCACCGCGGAGUCGCCCUUCUCCAUGACCUUCACAGACCUCGCUCUCCUCUGUCGACUGGCCGCGGAGGAUGAGGGAGGGGGGGCGACGGCCUCUAAGUUGUGCGUGCACAUAUUCCUCGAUGACGUUUCAGACGUCAAUGUCGAUGCAGCCUCAGCGGCGUCGCUUUCUCUUUUUCUGCGCGACGUUGUGGAGCAGCUGGGUGCCACGUGUGACAUCCUCGGCGGCGACGCCGACAGCAGAGGACAUUCGUGCUGGUUUGGUCGACACAGACGCACGCGCGCGAGACGAAAGCCGACGCACCUUGUCGUGAGCCCGCGCGCUGCUCUCACGCCGGACAUUCUGUACUGCAAGGCGGUAGGCAUCCCAAUUCUAACGCCGCAGUGGCUCUAUGAUGCAAUAGCGUUGGGGGCAUUUCCGUCAAUCUUGCCGCACGUCCACGCUCACCCUGUGUACGGGGAUCAGCAUGUAGGCGACGCGGCGGUGGCCGUGGUGGGCACCUCAGUCACUGCUGCCUGUGUCCCUCGUCGCGACGGGCACCUUGGGGCCGAGGAAGACAAUGGAGAUGGAGGGAGGGGAGAGGCCGUGUGGGCUAGCGCUAAAGUCACGCUGUCGUCGAUUUCAAGCCACAGCGGCGGCAGCGCAGCAGUGCCUCGAGCGAGGACACCUGCGGCUGCCCCUGAAGCGCAGUGUCCUCCGCGUUGUGGAGGCUCCUCCACAUUGCGACAGCUCCACAAGGAGGUGGCGGAUGAGUACAUACCGGCUGGCGAGCAGGCGCUGCGACCGUUCUACGCGCCUAUCUUCCAAGACCGUAUGUUCUACCUCUACGUCCCUCCGCUGGACCUGGCGAAUGCCAGCGCGACUGGCGGCAACGCCGGGCCGCUACGUGCAAGGGGAGCGAGUCACAACAGCCGCAGUGGGAGCUACCUGGGAGACGCAACGGCUGCCUUGACGCAGGUGACGGAGCUGCUGCGCAUUCUUGGUGGCACGGUGACACGUAACGUGGCGAGCACCUACCUAGACCUCGUGAUCGACCUGACCGGCUUUUACGAGAACAUGGUAGAGCUGGGACUGACAACAAGAGAACAGCAGGGCCAGACUCGCCCGCUCCGCCAGUCUCUCAGCUGCGCCUUUCAAGAAGCCCUACAGCGCGUCUCGCUGCGGCCUGUUUCCUUGAACGGCGGUGCUGCUGCGACCACGCCUGUCGCGCCACCAAUGGCCCCUCCGGUUGUGGGGAUCGCUUGGCUUAUCCAUUCGAUUCUUACACGCCGAUGGACGGCAGCGGACACCUUUGUCUUGGCUGAGCACCCUCUAGCUGCGCAGCUUGCUGCCAUGCACCUGCGCGCGCGGGUCGACAGCACUGUGGCUUCUGGGGCAACAGCUUCUCACGAGGAUGCGACGGGGAGUGGCGCUGUUGCGGCGGGUGCACCAGCUGCAAUGGACACACACACGCCACCAGCGCCGCCGUCGCGCGAUGAAGCCGCUGAGUCACCGAGCAGCUCUCUUUGGUCCGCUGUGGUGGAAGAAGCUGCUGUUUCGCACCUCAAGAAGACGCGAGGUCCGCAAUCCGCACUGAAGCAUACGAUUCAUCCGCUCGGGACACAGGAAAUAGCGACAAUGCUGGGCGACGCGCAGCUGCAGUCUCUCGACGUGCCUGAUACAGUCGUGCCGUCCACAUCAGCGCCUGCGUAUCCACCUCAGCAGUCCGCCACGACUCUGCUCUGGGUGAGGGAGGAAGACAGCCUCAGCUUUGCCCGUAUACAAUACAGCGAUGGCGAUUGUGACAAUGACGUCGUGUGA